UUUUUGUGACAGUAGCUGGGUUUUUGACAGGAACAAGUGAUUUGACAGCAAUUAAUGAUGAAAAUUGAAAAAUAAAACUAAAAUAAUCAAAAGAAUGAUAAAAAGAGGAAGUGUCGAGUUAUUAGACAUGGACAGUAAUAGCUACGGUAAAAAUCUAACAUUGGAUACCUUCCGGUCGGAUUCCAAAUCUAACUUAAUAAAUUCAAAACAAGAAACUACUAGCUGGGGUAAGACCUCGCCCAGCAAGAGCUACUGCUCCUCCAGUUCAACAUCAACGGAAAAUGUAGUUUCCACCCUCGAGCGGAAAAAAGCAACAUCAUUCGAAAGCAACGUCCCCAACCGGCCCGACGACCCCCCUUUACUCCAGGGUGAAAAAGUAACAGGCCAAGCACGGGACGUCACUUACCUUUGCCCCUAUUACGGCCCCGCAAGGGGAGUCUUGACCGUAACCAACUAUAGGUUGUAUUUCAGAUCGGCAGAUAAAGACACCCCUAACAUUAUCGACGUGCCAUUGGGUGUGGUGUCACGUAUUGAGAAAGUCGGGGGCGCCUCCUCGCGUGGGGAGAACGCCUAUGGCAUCGAAGUGUUCUGCAAAGACAUGCGAAACUUGCGUUUCGCCCAUAAACAGGAAAACCACUCGCGCCGCGACGUUUUCGAAAAGUUGCAACAAUUCGCCUUCCCCCUGUCCCACAAAAUCAAGCUGUUCGCGUUCGAAUACUCUGAGACUUUUCCCGAGAACGGGUGGGCGAUUUAUGAGCCAAUCGCGGAGCUCAAGAGAAUGGGGGUCAAUAACGACAUGUGGAAAAUAUCGCGAAUAAAUGAGCAGUACGACAUUUGCGAUAGCUAUCCGGCUGUUUGGGCGAUUCCGGCACAAGCCACUGAGGAGGAUAUUAAAUCUGUGGCGAGCUAUCGCAGCCGCGCUAGGAUUCCUGUCCUUAGUUGGAUUCACCCCGAAUCGCAGGCCACCAUCACCAGGUGUUCGCAACCUUUGGUUGGGGUGAGUGGUAAAAGGUGCCGCGAGGACGAGAGAUACAUCCAACUGAUAAUGGAUGCGAACGCUCAGUCGCAUAAAAUGUUCAUCAUGGAUGCGAGGCCUAGCGCUAACGCGAUCGCCAAUAAGGCAAAAGGGGGCGGGUACGAGUCUGAAGACGCCUACCAGAACGCAGAGCUCGUGUUUCUGGACAUUCACAACAUUCACGUAAUGCGGGAGUCUUUGCGAAAGCUCAAAGAACUGUGCUAUCCCAACAUUGAGGAAACGAAGUGGCUGUCAGGGGUCGAGUCAACCUAUUGGCUGAAGCACAUCAAGUGUAUUUUAGCCGGGGCUGUCCGAAUCGUUGAUAAGGUUGAAAAUCACAAAACUUCAGUGUUGGUGCACUGUUCGGACGGCUGGGACCGCACAGCGCAAUUGACGGCUUUGCCAAUGCUGAUGCUAGACCCUUACUAUCGCACGAUCAAAGGUUUUGAAGUUUUGAUUGAGAAAGAAUGGCUCUCAUUUGGCCACAAAUUCCAACAGCGUAUCGGACACGGUGAUGACCAUCAUUCGGAUGCAGACAGGUCACCUGUUUUUCUCCAGUUUAUCGACUGCGUGUGGCAGAUAACGCAACAGUUUCCCAACGCUUUCGAGUUCAAUGAUUACUUUUUAAUUACGAUUCUUGAUCAUUUGUAUUCGUGUCGGUUUGGCACGUUUUUGUGUAACAGUGAACGGGAAAGGGUGCAAGAGAAACUUAAAGAACAGACUGUCUCUUUGUGGUCUUACACCAACAGUCAUCUAGACUUGUACAAAAAUCCGCUCUAUUGGGCCAACAAUAAUCAGCAGAGAGUAUUGAUUCCGAUUGCAAGUAUUAGACAUAUCAAGCUGUGGAAGGCUUACUAUUGCAGGUGGAACCCCAGCAUGCGAACACAGGACCCAGUUUACCAGCGAAUAAGAGAGUUGCUGAUACUGAAGGAGCAGCUGGAAAAUACCGUAGAACAGUGCCGCAGGGAGCAACAGUCACGGAUGGCUCGAAGUAACGUGACGCCAGCAUAGUCCUUGUGUAACCAAAUUUUCUGUAAAUACUAGGGCUAAAAGCAUAUUAUGUAUUUCAUUUGUAUUCUCGUAAAAUAAUCUGACCAUGUAAUUUUAAGUUGCAAAUUUUUACUAAUUAUAUAUUAAUCUACAAUGCAAUACCCGAAUAUAAUUAAUAAAUUUUUUGUCCGUA